AUGGAUUGCGAAGCUUUCAACGGACAAGAAGCUAAUGCCGGAGAUGCUGAUCCUCAAGCUUUAUCGUCUCUUUUGGUCAAAAUUCAGCCCUAUUUGACAUCUCUUUUACAAGAUUUGGCCAGCUGGAACGCCGAUAGGCUAGCACAGCAGCCAAGACCUGAGCAAUUGGUGCCAAUCUCAAGCGAAACUGAUGAUGAAACUGCCAUGAAAGGUAAUUGGGGGGAUGCUAAGGCUUUUGUUGACAAAUACCCCGACUACGUUAAUCGUCCCAUAACGAUAGAGCAAGCGACAGUACUUCACUGUGCAGCAGCUGCAAAAAGAGCCAAUUUUGUGGAAGAAGUGUUGAAAUUGAUGACACCCAAGGACUUGGAAUUGAAAACCAAAGAUGGGCUUACGGCCCUUCACGUUGCUGCUAAAACAGGAGUCGUGAGAAUCGCUGAGGAGAUGGUUAAGAAGAACAGAGAAUUGCCAUUGAUCCAUGAUGGCAAUGAAAGCACACCCCUUCACGUUGCAGCUUUUGAAAGAGAUAGAAACAUGGUUGAUUAUCUAUUGUCUGUGACUCCUUUUUCACAGUUGACUACUACUCGUCAACGCAUUCAUCUUCUUCUUGAUAUUGUUUCCGCUGGUUUUUACGAUAUAGCUUUAAUAAUUCUGAAAAAUGAUACACACUUAGCAACUGCUGACUCUGGCGGUGCUGCUUGUGGGCGAAGAAGAGCUUUGGAAGAGUUGGCCAGAAAUCCUUUAGCAAUUGGCAGCGAAACUGCAAAAGUCGGAAAUGUUGAAUUUCUAAUUAUAAUUAUACGCUCUUAUCCGGAUCUCUUGUGGCAAUUAGUAGAUGAAGAGCAUGGGAUCAGUUUAUUUCACAAUGCUAUAAUGCAUCGGCAAAAGAGUGUGUUUAAUCUAAUAUAUGAGAUAGGUGCCAUGAAGGAAAAGAUUACAACCUAUGUUGCCAAAUGUUGUAGCAAGAAGCUGGACAUUGCCCAAGGUGAUAACAUGUUGCACAUUGCUGGAAAAUUGGCUCCGUCAGAUCGAUUAAAUACCAUAUUAACAGAAGCUCUUCAAAUUGAAAAAGAGUUUUUGUGGUUUCAGGAGACAGAAAACAUUAUGCCGCCUUCAUAUGUGAACAUGAAGAAUAUAGAGGGUGAAAUACCUAGGGAUAUAUUUAAAAAGAAACAUCAAAAUUUGCAUGAAGAAGGUGAAAAGUGGAUGAAGAAAACAGCAAACAAUUGCAUACUUGUGGCAACAUUGAUUGCUACUGUGGUUUUCGCAGCACUCUUCACUGUACCAGGUGACAACAAUCAUGAAACAAAGAAACAUGACACAGGAAAACCUCUUCUUUUGCAUAAUGAUUGGUUUACAGUAUUCUUCAUAUCAGAUACGAUAGCAUUAGUUUUCUCUUCAACUUCGAUAUUAGUUUUCUUGUCAAUUACCACAUCACGUUACAGAGAUGAGGAUUUUCUCAAGACAAUACCUGUAAGGUUGCUGGGUGGACUUGCUGCACUCUUCAUCUCUAUAACAGGCAUGGUAUCAGCCUUUAGUGCAACUUGCUUUUUGGUAUAUUACAGCAAAACACCUUAG